UAUUGGACGUACAUCCGCACAGCAGUUUCUGGCUGUGGUGGGUGGAUAUGCGUAUUACGUGCAGUCUGCACAUGCUGUCGUGGAGGACGAGAACAGAACACUCGAGGAGUUAGGGGAGGGAUAUUAAAGCAGCCCGCGCAGGACUGGCACUGCACUUGGUCUCCAGCACAGCACUUGGUCUCCAGCACCACCAGGUUCGACCGUUGGAGUGACAGCUCAGCUGCAACCCAACAAACCAAGGGCUCCGUUCCUCUCCCCUGUGCAACACACCUCAGUCAGAAUGGCUGAAGAAGAGCUUAUGUUUACCAUGGAGGAGGUGGGCAGCGUCCAAAAGGGUGGCAGGCAGAGGAGCAUUUCUUUCGGUGACGCCAACGCCAGUGACGAUGAAGAUGAUGAUUACUACAUCUGCUCCAUCACGGACGACCCUAUCAGCCCCACCAAAGACAUUUGCCACUAUAUGAAGAACCUCGUACACAACAAACAGCUGUCCAGCUCCCUGCCCAAAAAUGCUUUUGCCUACAGAACUACAAAGCAAUUAGAGCCAGAGAAGAGGGCCGUCAGGUUUGGGUCGUUAACCGAGAAAGGUCGGCCAUACUCUUUAUCUGCAUGCCGCUCCCACAGGAAUGGGAAGCCAGUCAUCUAUCAGCAAGCAAGGCACAAAGGAACUAAGUGGAAGAAUGCGAUCGAGAAAGCUCGGGCCAUGCCAGACCCCUGGGCUGAGUUCCACCUGGAAGAGGUGCAGACGGAACCCUGCAUCCGAUACAGGUACAAUGCUGUUACCGGUGAGUGGGCACAGGACCCAGUGUUCAUCAAGAUGUCUGGACAGCCCUUCGGAAGAGGAGCCAUGAGGGAGUGUUUCAGAACGAAGAAACUCUCAAACUUUUCCCAUAGCAGCAAGUGGACAGCCGCGUCCAACUACGUGGCAAAGCGUUACAUGGAGCCAGUGGAUCGUGAUGUUUACUUUGAGGACGUGCGGUUACAGAUGGAGGCCAAGUUGUGGGGCGAGGAGUACAACCGCCACCGGCCGCCUAAACAGGUGGACAUCAUGCAGAUGUGUGCGUUAGAGAUGACAGAGCGACCUGGUAAACCACUGUUUCAUCUGGAACACUACAUCGAGGGCAAGUACAUCAAGUACAACUCCAACUCGGGCUUUGUGCGAGACGACAACAUUCGCCUCACUCCUCAGGCAUUCAGCCAUUUCACGUUUGAGCGCUCUGCUCACCAGCUGAUUGUGGUGGACAUCCAAGGCGUGGGUGACCUCUACACUGACCCCCAGAUUCACACGUUACUAGGCACAGACUUUGGGGAUGGGAACUUGGGUGUCCGUGGUAUGGCCUUAUUUUUCCACUCUCAUUUAUGCAAUUCCAUUUGCAAAAGUAUGGAUCUCUCAGCCUUUGACCUGGCCCCCGCAGAGAAAACACAGCUGGACUCCAACCACAAACUGCUGAUGUCAGCACAGACCGUCCCGCGAGGCUGUGAGGAGAUUUGUGGCUCCCCCCGCGUCAGGACCAGCUCUUUUAACCGGGCGCCCCCUCUGCUCUCCCGGCUCUCGGAGACCUCAUCGGCAGACGACAACAUGAGUGACGCAGACUCCAUGCCCUGCUCCCCUUUGGGUAUUGGCACUGUCGACACCAGGUCACCUCUGGGCUGGUCAAUUACAAACGAGGCCAACGAAGCAGAGCAGAAGGAUUCAGAAAAUGGAGGAGACAGUGGUUACCCCAGUGAGAGGCGGAGUGAAGGGGACCCCGCAGACCAUGCUGAAAGGAUUCGCCCCAAUUACACCAGGCAUUACUCAGAGUCGGAUGAGGACAGUGUUCGACGGAAAAUGGUGGUUAAUGCCAGCAAGCACUUCCAAGCUGCAGAUAGUCCUCAGAUCCAAUCGCUCACAGAAGAUAAGUGGAGUUUCUACCACGCAUCUCGCUCACACAUCCACAGACCCUCCUGUGUCUCUGUGGAGGUGGAGAGGCUCAACGCUCUUUUACUGGAAAGGAAGAUUGGCAAAUCCAUACUGGGCCAGGUCCAUCUUGCGGUGGCGCAGUACCAUGAGGGCGAAAGAUUCUGUGAGAAGAAUGAGGCGUGGGACCAGGACUCUGCUGUGUAUCACCUGGAGCGGGCGGCCAUGUGUGGAGAGCUGCAGGCCAUUGUGGCCUUGGGCCAGUGCUACCUCCAGUUGCCCCACCAUAUUCUAUCUGAGACUAUACUGGAGGAUAGUGAGGAGAACAAGAAGAAGGGAUUCCGCUACCUCCUGCAGGCUGCUGAGGCUGGUGACCGACCCAGUAUGAUUGUGGUUGCCAGGGCUUAUGACACGGGUCUCACCCUCUCUUCCGAUAGGAAACAGGACUGGCAGGAGGCGGUUCAUUGGUAUGACCGUGUCCUUAACAUGACCGACCAUGACGAGGGUGGUGAGUUUGACGGCAUGCAGGAUGAACCACGUCACCUCCUGCUGGCCAGAGAGGCAGAGAUGUUUCAGGAAGGGGGCUUCAGCUUGGACUCAGAUCCCCAAAAAGCAGGUGACCUCUUCACAGAAGCAGCGGACGCAGCCAUGGAGGCGAUGAAGGGACGUCUGGCCAAUCAGUACUACAUGAAGGCUGAAGAGGCGUGGGCAUUGAUGGAAGAAUGAGAAAGCCAUUGUUCCCAUUAUGUGCCUCCAAAAAAAAAAGAAAUGUUUACAAGCAGCCUUUGAUGACUUUCUGGUGCUUUACAGAACAAAAAUCUGAUGUCUGGAUAAUGUCCUUGUCUUGUGUUUUUUAUCUCUCUCUCUCUCUCUCUCUCUGUCUGUCAUAUCCAACUUUUUUCAGGAGCCUUUAUUCCCCAAAAAAUGAAUAGUUCUGUUGGGGAAAGGUGGUUUACCUGAGGAGUUUUUCAGGGUCAAAUGUUUACUUUAACUUUUCCUAAUUUUGUAUAGUUUGUAUGUAUAGAGUGCGUUGUUGUGUGAGAACAUGGGAGAUUUUGCUAUGGCUGCAUGAAUGCUUCUUUGAUGUGAAAGGAAAGAGAAUGCUAGGAAUUUGUUGUCUCUGCCAACAUGGAAAUAAAAUAAAUAUUUGUAACCCUA